GGGAAGAUGUCCGAGCGGGGUGACGCUCCGGCGGCAGCGGUUGGGGCUGAGAUGCCGGCCAAGAAGCAGAAGCUGAGCAGCGACGAGAACAGCAACCCCGGCGACUUGUCCGGGGAUGAGAACGAUGACGCUGUUAGCAUUGAAAGCGGUACUAACACUGAACGCCCUGAUACACCAACAAACACUCCUAAUGCACCAGGAAGGAAGAGCUGGGGGAAAGGAAAAUGGAAAUCAAAGAAGUGCAAGUAUUCCUUCAAAUGUGUAAACAGCCUAAAGGAGGACCAUGGUCAGCCUUUAUUUGGAGUCCAGUUUAACUGGCACAGUAAAGAAGGUGAUCCUCUGGUUUUUGCCACCGUAGGCAGCAACAGGGUUACUUUAUAUGAAUGUCAUUCCCAAGGAGAAAUCCGUCUGUUGCAGUCGUACGUGGAUGCUGAUGCAGAUGAAAAUUUCUAUACCUGUGCAUGGACGUAUGAUAGCAAUACAAGCCAUCCUCUUCUGGCUGUGGCUGGGUCCAGAGGUAUUAUUAGGAUAAUUAAUCCUAUUACAAUGCAAUGCAUAAAGCACUACGUGGGCCAUGGUAAUGCAAUCAACGAACUGAAAUUCCAUCCAAGAGAUCCAAAUCUCCUUUUAUCUGUAAGCAAAGAUCAUGCAUUGAGACUGUGGAACAUCCAGACAGACACGCUGGUUGCAAUAUUUGGAGGAGUAGAAGGGCACAGGGAUGAGGUGUUAAGUGCAGAUUAUGAUCUUCUUGGUGAAAAAAUCAUGUCCUGUGGGAUGGAUCACUCUCUGAAACUCUGGAGAAUUAAUUCCAAGAGAAUGAUAAAUGCCAUCAAAGAGUCUUACGAGUACAACCCAAAUAAAACCAACAGGCCUUUUGUUUCCCAGAAAAUUCACUUUCCUGACUUUUCUACAAGAGACAUACAUAGAAAUUAUGUUGACUGUGUACGGUGGUUGGGAGACUUGAUCCUUUCCAAGUCCUGCGAAAAUGCUAUUGUGUGCUGGAAACCUGGCAAAAUGGAAGAUGAUAUAGAUAAAAUCAAGCCCAGCGAGUCAAAUGUGACCAUACUUGGGAGGUUUGAUUACAGCCAGUGUGAUAUAUGGUACAUGAGGUUUUCCAUGGAUUUCUGGCAAAAGAUGCUUGCUCUGGGCAAUCAGGUUGGCAAACUUUAUGUUUGGGAUUUAGAAAUAGAGGAUCCUCAUAAAGCCAAGUGUACGACUCUUACUCAUCCUAAAUGUGUUGCUGCCAUCCGACAAACCAGUUUUAGCAGGGACAGUAGUAUCCUUAUAGCUGUGUGUGACGAUGCCAGUAUCUGGCGCUGGGACAGACUGCGAUAAAUUACUUUUUCUUAAUUCAAAGUAGAAAAUAUAUUUUCAAGUUAUAACAUAGUCUCUUAACUUGCUAGUAUGGUAGAUGCAUUUAAUGUAGACAUUCUCUAAGGUUCGGCGGGCUGGAGCUGAACUCAGUGAUGUUUACAUUCUGGGUAUUGUUCUGCUUGAAAUUGCUGCUUUUAAUAAAAAGAAGUAUUUUUGUAAAGUUU